CUUUGAGCGUUGCGGUCACGCAAGCCUUCUGAUCUCCUACAAAGGUCCCUGAGCAGCUAGCAAUCGUACAUCGUGGCAGGACUUAGUCGACUUCUCGUACCGCAAGUUUAUUUAAAAAAAAAUAUUUGAGAAAAUGGCCAUCUACCCGGAGCCACCAAUAAGAGAUCUAAACUUACUCUAUGCGAUAGCAGAUGCAAGACGACAGAAGGGAGUGCAUAUUUACUUUGACGAGCCAUCAUCAAAGAAGCUCUCAUUCUCUACUCCAAUACAGAAAUGCAACUGCGGCCCCUACAUGUACAUCACGUUUGUUCUUCGAGCUCUUAAAGAUAACCCACGGUACAUCGUUGGAAUAAAAGAUGAUAAGGGCACCAAAGCAAUGGAAGCAGGAGUCUCAGGAACGCCCCUCUGUUUCAAGGCACGCACAAAAGACGGUACUUGGAAGGACGAUAAUUGUUCCCAGCAAACGUUUGUUGCGAAAAAGGACGACUUUCUUACCACCAAAUUUCUUAUCUUAAGUUACAGAACCUUCGGAAGAAGCAUUAAUCAAAUUGGGUACGAGCAAAAUGGCAUAGAAAUGGAAUGGUAUUCAACAAUUACCAGCACGGGCGCAGAAUUCCGCAGUGUGUACUGCAGCAAGGAUCUGUUUGAGAACGUCGAGCUCAGAGAGAUUCAUUUCGCGUAUAAAGGAAUAACGGAAGCCCUUGACCUGAGUAGUGAUUGGCAUUUACUGCGAAAGCAAAGCGUAUGUUUCAUAUCGUCUGGCGGCUACGCUGUCAUAAAAGGCCGCUUCAAGACAGAGAACACCAAAAUUAAAGGAAUAGCAAUGGGCAUUGGUAAGGGGCACCAGUAUAAGCAUAAUACAUACACCUACAACAACAGUGGGCCUGCUACUUUCGUGAUACAUGUAAGUGAUCUAAACAUCAUAGUCUCUGACACCAGGACGACACGGACAAUCACCACCAUAACGCCAGGUGAUGAUUUCGUGUAUCUCGCGUUCAUCAAUAUGGAAAUAGAAGACAUGGAGAUCCACUCUGGUCGCCGCCCUCAUGAUUGACUUAAUAGCACCAAUUCAAUGUUUUCGCAUUACGAUUUAUAAACGAUUAAAUAAAGUGGAAUCACCAGCU